CCUUUAUCUUCUACAUUCUUCAUCUACUGCCAUUGUCUGACCCAAAUAUCUCUGUUUCCAUCCAACUCAACUCGAACACAAUGGAUGGUUCCCAAGCCCUGACUCAGCCUCAAAAUUUGCUUGUAAUCAGAGAAGACUAUUUUGUUCAUUACAAAUCCCCUGUUUUUCCCCCAGCCCACGCCCACUCCGAUGAUGAGCCAUCUGAUGGUGAACCAUCUGAUGAUGAACCAUCUGAUGAUGAGCCGUCUUCUCCGGCGACUUCGGAUUUGCAAUCGAGAGCAGUCGGAGAAGCGAUUAUGAGGGGGUGGGAGAUUGUUAAAGCGAAGGUGAUUUCUGGGAUUGUUGGAUUUGGAUCCCACGCUAGGAGACUAUGCUCUGCUCUGCCGGUUACUGCAAUGGCGGCGGCUCUGUUCCUGCUGCUGCUACUGUUUCUGUUCAAGAUCAAGAUCAAGAUCAAGAUGCGGCUGCCAUGGCGCCCACCAACUGCGGGUGUGUGUCCAGAUAACCAACACCGUUUGCUUCUUCUCCUUAAACACAAGGAUCAGAAAAUCAGUGAGCUCUUACUUCAGAUCGCCCAAAUGAACGAAAUGCUAUCAGCUCGUCGAAAGGUUCCCGUUGUGAGAGUGAAAUGACAAAUAUAGCCUUCAAAAUGGUUCAGUUUCUGGGAGGAGCUGCUCAGUUUUGAUGGCUUUGAGUUAUACUUUUCUUGCAUACAUGUUAAAUGUGUAAU